CAGGGCAGAGGCGGGUGCCAGCUUGGUGACACAUGCUUUCUCACUGGCUUGCUGAUUACGGUGGGGACACGGAGGUCGUCAGCACCCACAGAGGGACUUACGGGCAGGAAUGGGCAUGAAGACCCUGACCAUCGCACUGACCCUGAUGGCCGCAGCCUGGGCGGAGGAGCAGAACAAGGUCCUGCAUGGCGGACCCUGUGAGCAGACGUCUCACCCCUACCAAGCUGCCCUCUACACGUCAGGCCACCUGCUCUGCGGAGGAGUCCUCAUUCACCCGCUGUGGGUCCUCACCGCUGCCCACUGCAGAAAGCCGAAUCUUCAGGUCUACCUGGGGAAGCACAACCUUCAGCAAAGGGAGAGCUUUCAGGAGCAGAGCUCUGUUGUCCGGGCUGUGACCCACCCUGGCUACAAUGCUGCCACUCAUGACCAGGACAUCAUGCUGUUACGUCUGGCUCACCCGGCCAAAUUCUCCGAACGCAUUCAGCCCCUCCCCCUGGAGCAAGACUGCUCGGCCAACCACACCAGCUGCCACAUCCUGGGCUGGGGCAAGACAGCCGAAGGCGAUUUCCCUAACACCAUCCAGUGUGCAUACAUCCAUCUGGUGUCCCAUGAGGAGUGUGAGCAUGCCUACCCCGGCCAGAUCACCCAGAACAUGGUGUGUGCUGGGGAUGAAAAGUACGGGAAGGAUUCCUGCCAGGGUGAUUCUGGGGGGCCCCUGGUAUGUGGAGACCGUCUCCGAGGUCUUGUGUCAUGGGGAAAUGUCCCCUGUGGGUCCAAGGAGAAGCCAGGAGUCUACACCGAUGUUUGCAGAUAUGGCCACUGGAUCCGAAAAACCAUUCAGGCCAACUAACCCUGACCUGUGACACAAUACUCUUGACUUGUGACCUCCACCUGCUGGCUCCAGGAUAUCUCUGACCAAGACUUUACCCUCCCCCGACCUACCUAGAUUCAACCCUUAAUGCUUAAUAAAAGCAGUGACAUGACAGCACGAAUUCACCCUGAUAUUGCCCCAGCCCCGUCCUCACAUCACUGGGGGUGAGCUAACGUCUUACCCCCACCGCUAAGAGAAUACAGGAAAACUCCUUCCAAGGGUCUCUUAUUCCCUAGUUGUCCCAUGGGCUCUACUGCUUCCUGCAGAGGAGUGGUCACAAGUCUGGCAAAAUUCUGCCCCUUGCUAGUUGUCUGCCCAUGGGAGGUGACUUCCUUCACUGUGUAGAUUUUCUCAUCUGUAAAAUAAGGAUAUGACAGGACAUUCCUCCUUGGGUGGCUGCUGUUGUUGGGAGGAUUCAAGAAUACGUGGGAACACAUACAACAGUGCCGGGCACACCUGCUUGAAUAAUAAAGAGUGGAUUUUAUUAUUA